UUUAUACUCCUUAUCUGUGCUUUAAUUUAGAAAUGUAGUCUAUUGUAGUUGUUCUACAUUCAUCAAUGUUUUAAUAGUAAAAAAAAUAACAUUUUAUUAAAAUGUUGGCUUUAGUUAUGAAAAAUAUACUUUUUAUAUGGUUUUAUGGUUUCUGUCUUCACACCGCUGGUUAAAGCACAACCAGCCCUCGCCUGAUUCUGGACGGAGAGGUGCGUGCGGAUCCUCCGAUGGCUUUUUUUAAUACGGAAAACAUUCGUCCUGUUUGGAUCGCCCUCAAGAGGCUCGAUCUCAACGAUAACAGGAUCAUAGCUCUCCGGGAGGUUCACAUUCCGAGUGGAGCCCAAGCGACCAGCAUAAAACAAAUACUAGCUCAUUCUUUCAGGCUUGACACUUCUCAGACGAUACUCAAGAUACGAAAUAAUCGAGGAUGUCUAAUUCCAUUAAAUUCCUGCAUGCCACCAAACAGCAAGCAAAUGCCGUACGUCCUCGAAGUGGCCAAAAACCACCAGCAUGUCAACCCGAGACCCAGAAGAAUUCCCAUGAUCGUCAUCAAUAAAACCCUGAAGUCGAGACUGCAGAGCGUCGGGAAAAGGAUCGAAAGGUUAGAAGAACUGCUGCCUCAGAUCAAGCUCAAACAGCAUGAAAGGUUGACAAAGGACAUUGAGUUACUGAAUCAAAAGCUUGUAUUUCUUCACAAACGAAUGCAGAUGGCCGAGUCAUAUCGCUGGGAGGGGAUGUUGAGAAGAGCUCCGCUGUGGUGAAUGCUGCCGGUUUCACACGACCAUACACAUCUUAGAGACUAGUUCAGUUUUUGUUUUGUAUCUGUAGAGAAUCAAUAAACCAUGUAUUUUA